CAAGCCGCGGGCCCUGAGCCCUCCCCCUCCGCCGCGCCGGGCCCAGGCGCAUUUGGUGAGAGUCUGGCGGCCUCUACCGGAGCGCCUCUGCAGAGGGACGUUCUUCCAGCCCAGAGACGACAUGUGGCGCUCGGCAGAGCACCUUGCAGAAGAAGGAGUAGCUUGCUGGCUUUGAACGCUUGGCAGAUAUUUCAGAAAGCUUCAAGAUCAAGCUGCAAAAAAGGAACAGUUAUUCUUCCAAAUUUAUCUGCUUCAACUAUUAUUCUUAUUGGGAAUGGACAAUGGAAUGUUCUCUAGCUUUAUCAUGAUCAAAAACCUCCUUCUCUUUUUUAUUUCUAUGAACUUCUCCAGUCACUUUGGCUUUUCACAGAUGUCAACCAGUUCAGUAAAAGACGAGACCAAUGACAACAUCACAAUAUUUACCAGGAUCCUGGACGGGCUCUUGGAUGGCUAUGACAACAGACUCCGGCCUGGGCUGGGAGAGCGAAUCACUCAGGUGAGGACGGACAUCUAUGUCACCAGCUUCGGCCCGGUGUCCGACACGGAAAUGGAAUACACCAUAGAUGUGUUUUUCCGACAAAGCUGGAAAGACGAAAGGCUUCGGUUCAAGGGGCCGAUGCAGCGCCUCCCUCUCAACAACCUUCUCGCCAGCAAAAUCUGGACCCCAGACACGUUCUUUCACAACGGUAAAAAGUCCAUCGCGCACAACAUGACCACGCCCAACAAGCUGCUGCGGCUGGAGGACGACGGCACGCUGCUCUACACAAUGCGCUUGACCAUCUCUGCUGAGUGCCCCAUGCAGCUUGAAGACUUCCCAAUGGAUGCACACGCGUGCCCUCUGAAGUUUGGCAGCUGAAGAAUUCCUGGAUUCCAGCCGUUCCAGACAGAGGAUGUGGUAACACUGGCCCCAAAUAAAUGCCUGCAGCUUCAUCCCACUUCUGAGAUAUUUAGAACAGGGUUGGAUCUGAUCUUCUGUUUCCUUCUUUCUCUCUACUAUUUGUUUGUGCCCAUGCUAUGUGAAGUUUGCAUUGUUGAAAGCAGAAUGUUCUCUGUGAGGUUAAGCAUGAAGACUUCGUGGGUUUGG